GCCACAAUCAAGCGCCCCAUGCAGCCCGUGCAGCGUAUUGUUUGCAGCCGGCACCACCUCUUCUUCCAUCACAGAGAUAACCUUCUUCGAGAAGCGCUGCAAGACUCCACACCCACUAAUUACGAACGGCGACGACCUCGUAUUCACCCUUCACACGACACGAAAAAGUGGCAGAAGAAUGGCCGUUGUCGACGUUACGCGGGAGGCUUCAUCCCCUACGCCUCAAUGCGCUACCUAAAUGUUUGGUUCUGUUUGCUUGUCGGUGCCGGCGCUGGUGAUGUUGCAUCAAGACAUACCGCCAAGUCCUGGACCAGCCAAGCACCGAGCGCCACAGACCAGUGUAGCGUGCGUAGUGUCGUCAUGGCAGAUCUCGGCGUCCACCCGCCCUCCACUUUUUUUCUUCUGUUUGGCCAAUUUAGUGCGAGUCGAGAGGAUGGUCGGAUCUGGAUAAAGGACCCUUGGACGAAUGGCUGGAUGGCUGGAAGGAGGCUGGAAUGGGGACGAAAAGGUAUCACAGCAAGCGACGUCGUCGUCGUCGGGUCAGCAGCGUCGUCUCCGGCUUAUCGCACAUGGUGUCGCACAGACUCUUAUGUCCCUGUUGUUCUGUGUCUGGGAUUGAGGUAGCUGGGUAGGUAGUUAGGUAGCUAAGUAGACAGACAGACUGCUUCACUGUGCCAUAUCAACUCCACAACGCAAGGCAAGCAGAGGCAACAUCUCGC